AUGACCCUCAGAGGGGGGAGGGGGUGGAUAGACCGAGGAGAGCGGAGCCGGGUCGCAGCUGGAAUCAGCCACAGCCGACAAGAGGAAAUAAACACAGUGAUGGCGGCGAAAAGCACAGGAUACAGAGGCCGCCUCCAAAUCACAUCACCGAGACGUCACCGAGACGUCACCGAGACGUCACCGAGACGUCACCGAGACGUCACCGAGACGUCACCGAGGCGUCACCGAGACGUCACCGAGACGUCACCGAGACGUCACCGAGACGUCACCGAGGCGUCACCGAGACGUCACCGAGACGUCACCGAGACGUCACCGAGACGUCACCGAGACGUCACCGAGACGUCACCGAGACGUCACCGAGACGUCACCGAGACGUCACCGAGACGUCACCGAGACGUCACCGAGACGUCACCGAGACGUCACCGAGACGUCACCGAGACGUCACCGAGAGGUCACCGAGACGUCACCGAGGCGUCACCGAGACGUCACCGAGACGUCACCGAGACGUCACCGAGGCGUCACCAAGGCCAGGUAGCUGAACUCUUGGCAGCGCUCACUCUCGCUGUAGCCGCGGGGGGAGUUGAAACACAGCUCUUCGACCAGAACCAGCGCCUUCUUACACAGGUCUUCAUCCCAGUCGCCCGACAUCCUCCAAUCAGCAUCGCCCUCGCGCCGCAGCCGAGCACUGAACGCCGAAGACCCGCCCCCCGCGCAGAUGGAGGCCGCUCAGGGACCAAGUGCAGCCAGGGCCCUCCCACCUUUUAUGGGCAGCGUGAGGAGGAAGUGGGAGGAGCCGGGGAAGAGGGCGUGGCCUGGAUCACAGAGACCAGAGCGAUGGAGCCAUGA